AUGCUCAAGCUCUGUGACCCGCGGCUGUGGCCGUCGCGCCUCGUCGUGCGGUACCUGUCGGUCGCCUUCUUCGUCGCAUUCCUCGUCGCAAACUACAUCCUCUGGCACGACACCAAGUCGUGGGACAUGGCCGGCCUGCGCAGCACGGUUGGCGUUGAGCUCGGCCACAAGCAUCCCAUCAAGAAGCUCAUGGUCGAAGCCAAGUUGCGCCACGAGAAGCUCCUUGCAUCCCGCAGCCACGAUGUCGCCGACGCAGCAGCCAAGUAUCGGUCCAAGCGCGGGCGCCACCCGCCCCCGGGCUUCGACGCCUGGUUCAAGGCCGCCCUCGACGCCGACGCCAUUGUCGUCGAAGACUAUUUCGACCGCAUAUACAAGGACCUGACGCCCUUUUGGGCCCUCGACCCCAACACCACCAGCCGCCGCGCCAAUGCCUGGCACUGGGUCGUCAAGGUUCGCAAUGGCACUGCCUCUUACGCCGGCGACGUCGAGGGCCGCGUGCCCUGGCUGCAGCACUGGACUGGCCUCGUCAAGGAAUUCGCCGAGCACAUGCCCGAUGUCGACAUGCCCGUCAACAUGAUGGACGAGUCCCGCAUCCUCGUCCCCCACGACCAGGUCGCCAAGCUCGUUGAGCAGGAGCGCAAGGAGAGGGCCCUGCGCGACGUCGCCAACGUCACCUCCAAGUUUACCGGCCUCAAGCACGUCGACGAGGCGAAGCCCGAUCCGUACGACCCGGAGUGGUUCGGCCCCAGCAACCAGUUUUGGGACCUGGCCGUCAAGACGUGCGGUCCCGACACCCCGGCCUAUGGCGUCAAGCAGAUCGAAGACUUUGCUGCGCCCGCCGCCUUCCCCCAAGACUACAGACCAUCCUAUUCGUACAAGGGUUUCGUCCAGAACUGGACCGCCGCGACGGACCCCUGCCUGCAGCCACACCUGCGCCAGCUGCACGGCACCUUCAUCGAGCCCAUCAGCCUCUCCUCCACCGAGGAGCUGAUACCCAUGUUCGGCGGGUCCAAGCUUCCCAUGAACAACGAGAUCCUGAUCCCUGGCGCCAUGUACCUGACGCAGGAUGAGUUUUAUUCGGGCGGCGAUUCCCAUGGACCCUCGUGGGGCCGCAAGAAGGACGGCCUCAUCUGGCGAGGCGACGGCUCUGGCGGUCGACCCAAGGAGCACACCUGGCACCACUUCCAACGCCACCGCCUCGUCGACAUGUUCAACGGGACGACAGUGUCCCGCGCCGAGUCAGAGGGAAAGCGCGCGCUGACGUUUGAGUUUCCGUCCACCGCCAUCUACGACAGCCCCCGGACGAGACGCGGGGAGCUGGGCGCCUGGAUCAGCCAGUUCGCCGAUACCGCCUUUGUGCAUCUCUGCGCGGAAAACGAAUGCGACUUUUUCGCGCCUCACUUCAAAUUGUCGGAGCAAAUCCCCAUGAAGAAGCAGUACAACUACAAGUUCCUCCCGGACGCCGACGGCAACUCGUUCAGCGCCCGCUUCCGGGGCUUUCUCCGGUCGACAAGUCUGCCCCUCAAGGCCACUGUCUACGCUGAGUGGCACGAUGACCGUAUAGUGCCCUGGGUGCAUUUCGUGCCUCUCGACAACACCUUCCAGGACAUCUUCCCUGUGCUUGAAUACUUUGCCGACGGGAGCGGACCGGGCGACGCGGCGGCGCAGUUCAUCGCCGAGAUGGGCCGCGAGUGGUCCGAGAAGGUGCUGCGGCGGGAGGACAUGCGCCUCUACGUCUGGCGCCUGCUGCUCGAGUGGGCGAGGGUGUGCGACGAGAACAGGCAUGCCCUCGGCUACGUCGACGACCUGAAGAAGGCUUAA